AUGAGAGUCACAUCACCGCUCCUUGCUCGCUCCGUCUGGAAAGGACCGCAUAUCGUCCCUCUCCCCAUCGUGCGACCGAAACAAGGCGAACGUGUGCCUCCGAUCAAGACGCAAGCCCGAUCAGCGACCAUCCUGCCGAACUUCGUGGGCUUGAUCUUCCAGAUCCACAAUGGCAAGAUAUACAAUGAUGUGCGCAUCACGGAGGACAUGGUAGGACAUAAGCUUGGAGAGUUUUCGGCAACGCGGAAGAAGUUCACUUACAAGCAGACGAAGAAUAAGUGA